UCAUUGUUCUUUCCGUUUUGUCGUGGAAAUGACCCCGAAAUCGGAACCCAAUUCCGUGGGGGAUCUCGACAUUGAUAGAUCCCAUCACGUCUUUAGCCGCCACCGGGUUUUGAAGCUAGCUAGCUAACGGCAACAACCAAGCCUGUGCCAACCUGCACGUAUCAAAGAGGAAAAGAAUGAAAUCAGCAAACAAAAAAAAAGAAGAAGAAGAAGGGGAAAAAAAGAAAACAACCAGGGCUGCUGCCGGGCGCAUGUACGAGGGAGGACUGGACCUUGGGGCUGGGCUUGGCUGGCUGAGACGCCAAAACCCGGACACACGGCGAUGCCGAGGCCUCGACUCACGACGAACAUGCAGGCCGUCAGGCAGGCAGGCCGACAAGCAGGAGCAGGAGGAAUCGCGACCGGACGGCGAACAGGGUCCAGGCAGGUUAGGGAAGGACAGGUUCAGCGAGCGGAUACGGUACCUAGCACCUAGAUAGUUAGUGCAGCUUAAUUCUGACCAGCUAACUAGCUUUCCCGCGGAUGGUAACCUCCGGCGGGGGUCCGGCAUCCACCCGUGGGAUUUACUUGGGGGUCUUUUUGUACCUCUCGUGUCGAUCGCAGCUAUCUCCUCCGAGGUUCAGGGCCAAUCGUUUGUCUGCAGGCGAUGCAGUAGCGUCGACGGACUAGGACGAGUUGGUUAACAUCUCCUGGGUGGUGGAUUGGUCUCGCCGAAGUAGUAGUAGUAGUAAGUAGUGCUAUGCUAUCUAUCUACUACUAGUCGUUGUUUUCAUACUAACUAGUUAG